AUGACCAAUUCUUCUCGUGUGUCUUGCAGAUCAGUGAGGAAAAUUGUCAAUUUAGAUGAUCACAUAGCCUUGGCUUGUGCUGGCCUGAAAGCCGAUGCACGUGUCUUGAUAAACCGGGCACGUAUUGAGUGCCAGAGCCAUAAGCUCACGAUUGAGGACCCUGUUACUGUGGAAUACAUAACACGCUACAUUGCUGGGCUUCAGCAGAAGUACACACAAAGUGGUGGUGUGAGACCUUUUGGCCUCUCAACCUUGAUCAUUGGGUUUGACCCACACACUGGCACUCCAUCACUUUACCAGACGGAUCCAUCAGGCACAUUCUCCGCAUGGAAAGCAAAUGCUACUGGAAGAAACUCGAACUCUAUCAGAGAGUUUCUGGAGAAGAAUUACAAGGAGACAUCUGGCGAGGAAACUGUCAAGUUAGCUAUUCGGGCUUUGCUGGAGGUAAAUACUAAGUGA